AGGAAGCCUGGAACAAUUGAUUUCCUCACCUUUUCCCUUAGACAUCAGGGAGAUGACCCGUCAAUAGACAGGAAUCCUUGAGGUUCCAGGCGAAUAACCAGCCUGCCAUGGAUGCUGCCAACGAGUCUUCAGAGGGAACUCCGUUCAUCCUACUAGGAUUGACAACAAGUCCUGGACAGCAGCGGCCUCUCUUUGUGCUGUUCUCUCUUUAUGUAGCUGGCCUCCUGGGUAAUGGACUCACUGUGGUUGCCAUCCGGGCCAGUCCAGGCCUUCAUGCACUCAUGUACUUCUUGCUGUCCCGCCUGUCCUUUGCUGACCUCUGAUUCACCUCCAUGACUGUGCCCAAGACGUUGGUCAACUUGAUGGCCCAUGACCGCUCCAUCUCACUGACUGGCUGCCUGAUCCAAAUGUACUUCUUCUUUGCCCUGGGAAUUACUGAUAGCUGUCUCCUGGCUGCCAUGGCCUAUGGCCUCUACGUGGCCAUCCAGCACCCCCUCCACUAUGCCACAAGGAUGUCCCGGGCCAUGUGCACAGCCCUGGUGGGGCUGGCAUGGCUGGUGUCCCACAUCCACUCCCUCCUGCAUAUCCUGCUCAUGGCCUGCUUGUCCUUCUGUGCCUCCCACCAAGUGCCCCACUUCUUCUGUGACCACCAGCCUCUCUUAAGGCUCUCAUGCUCUAACACCCACCACAUCCAGCUGCUCAUCUUCACUGAGGGUACCGCGGUGGUAGUCACCCCCUUCCUGCCCAUCCUUGCCUCCUAUGGGGCCAUUGCAGCUGCCAUGCUCCGGCUGCCCUUGGCCUCCGGGAGGCUCCGGGCUGUGUCCACCUGUGGCUCCCACCUGGCUGUGGUGAGCCUCUUCUAUGGGAAAGUCAUUGCAGUCUACUUCCAGCCCACAGCCUGAUACGAGGCAGAGCGGGGCUGUGUGGCCACUGUCAUGUACAUUGUAGUCACCCCCAUGCUGAACCCCGUCAUCUACAGCCUCCGGAACCAUGACGUACAGGGGGCGCUCCAAGCCCUCACUGGGCAAAGGAUCUCAGCUAGUAACUCCUGA